CGCGCGUUGCCGGGCAGAGCGGAGGCGCUGCGGGGACGGGGCGGCCGCGGCGGGAGCGGAGCUGGGCCGGGAUGGGCUGCGCGGCUCUGCUCUGGGGCACGAUCCUGCUUGCCUGCAGCUGCGGCCCGGGGCCCCCCGGGGUCGGUGCCGCUCCGCUCUUGACGGCCACCUACGUGCUGGACGAUGCCAACGGGCUGGGCAGGGAGUUCGACGGGAUCGGGGCUGUCAGCGGCGGCGGGGCCACAUCUAGACUCCUGGUGAACUACCCAGAGCCUUAUCGCUCUGAGAUUUUAGACUACCUGUUCAAGCCAAAUUUUGGUGCUUCUUUACAUAUUCUCAAGGUAGAGAUUGGAGGUGAUGCACAGUCGACAGAUGGUACUGAACCCUCCCAUAUGCACUAUGAAAAUGAUGAGAACUACUUCCGGGGCUAUGAAUGGUGGCUGAUGAAAGAAGCUAAAAAGAGGAACCCCAACAUUAAACUGAUUGGGUUACCUUGGGCAUUUCCAGGAUGGAUAGGGAAGGGUGAAAAUUGGCCCUAUGACUAUCCAGAUAUCACUGCUUACUAUAUUGUUUCUUGGAUAUUAGGAGCAAAACAGUAUCAUGAUUUGGACAUUGAUUAUAUUGGGAUAUGGAAUGAAAGGGCAUUUAGUAGCAAAUACAUUAAGGUGCUUCGACAUUCUUUGGACAGACUGGGUCUAUGGAACAUUGGCAUCAUCGCUGCGGAUGGAGAUUGGAACAUCUCAAAUGAGAUGAUAGUUGAUCCCUAUCUUAAUGAUGCUAUUGAGGUAGUCGGAGCUCAUUAUCCUGGGACAAAAACAGUGAAAAAUGCCAUAUUAACUGGGAAGAAACUGUGGUCAUCAGAAGAUUACAGUACUUUCAAUAAUGACGUUGGUGCAGGCUGCUGGGCUCGGAUCCUGAACCAAAACUAUGUGAAUGGAAACAUGACCUCAACAAUUGCAUGGAACUUGGUGGCUAGUUAUUAUGAGGAGCUGCCCUUUGGUAGAUGUGGAUUAAUGACAGCACAGGAGCCAUGGAGUGGCCACUAUAAAGUUGAAUCUCCUAUCUGGAUUACAGCACACACCACACAGUUUACUCAGCCUGGCUGGUCAUACUUGCAAGUGGAUGGACACUUGGAAGGAGGUGGCAGUUUUGUAGCUCUGACAGAUGGCCUAGGGAACCUUACCAUCAUCAUUGAAACUAUGAGUCAUAAUCACUCUAAAUGUAUCAGGCCUCCAUUGCCAAAUUUCAAUGUUAUACCUCAGAGAGCAACUUUCUACCUCAGAGGGUCAUUUUAUAUGGUGGAAACCCUUCAAGUAUGGCAUUCCAGACUUGAUUUUGAAUCUGGAAAGUCCAGUCUUUUCCAGCAACUCAAUCCUUUACAGGUAUGGAAGGGAAGAUUUUCUAUAGACCUAAAUGUGGAUGAAGUCUACACUUUAACCACACUCAAGACAGGAUGGAAAUGUGGUUACCCAGAGCCUCCUCCUCCUCAGCCCUUUCCUUGCAUUUACAGUGAUGAUUUCAACAUCCGUAACCCACCUUUCAGUGAAGCCCCAAAUUUUGCAGAUCAGACAGGUGUAUUUGAAUACUUUGUAAAUGCUUCUGACCCAGGAGAUCAUGUGUUCACACUCCGCCAGGUGGUGGUUCAGCGGCCCAUCACUUGGGUUUCUGAUGCAGACCAGACCAUCAGUGUCAUAGGAAAUUUUAAGUGGGUAAACAUGACAGUCACUUGUGACAUCUACAUAGAAAAACCUCGUGAUGGAGGCGUGUUUAUUGCAGGAAGAGUUGACAAUGGUGGGAUAUACGUGCGAGAUUCCAAAGGAGUUUUCUUCUGGGUUUUUGCAGAUGGCACAUACAGAGUCACUAGUGACCUAGCUGGAAGAGAAAUAUUAAUGAAAGGACUUGCUGGUGUCCGGGAUAACGCAUGGCACACACUUACUCUCAACAUUCAGGGCAACUCGGCCUCAGGACUGUUGAAUGGUUAUCCACUCUGGGAGAAUGUCACCAUUUCCAACCCGAAGAAUGGCUGGGCUGCCCUUGGAACUCGCUCCUUUGAGUUUGCACAGUUUGACAACUUUCAUGUUGAAGCUUGCUGAGGUGGCUUUGGCAUUUAGAGAACCUGGUUCUCAUGUUACUUUGAAUAAGAGCCAAGUCAAACUGGAGGAGAGCUGAGUGCUGAACUGUGACUGAUCUCUUGGCAAAGAGUCUGGAUUCGGUCCGUGGUAUUUGUUAAAGGUUUACUUGAGUAGAUAUCAUCAUGAUUGUAGUUUUAUCCCCUAUUGCUGUGGGAUUUUUGCCCUUCUGUUUUUGGGGGUAAAUUUUAGUUCAAGGUAAUGAUAAAAACAAAUUCUUGGAUUGAAAUAUCUUUUAAUAACAACAUCUUAACUUACCAGCUCACUUCUAAAAUAACUUUAGAAGUUAACAGAAGACAGAUUCAUCCUAAGCUGCAUUUUUAACACUUCCUCUACUACGUCCAUUGCUUUCACUGUGAAAGAAAAAAUUAAAUGCCAGUAAGCCUUAUGAGCCAGUGGGCCCCAUACUUUUGUAGGUCUAUCAUUCUCAAAUUUCAUUUGGGUAAAGUACCUAGAUUUCCUAUAGUAAAAAAAAGAUGUUUUGUCUCUUUUUUUGCUACAGUCUGUGACUAGACAUUGCAGUUCUCCAAACGCAUUUGAUUAUAUCUUUCAACUUUUGUUGCCAGCCCUAAAAUAUAUCCCUAUUUUCAGUGGAAUGGAAAUGUGCCUUAUGACUGAUCAGGGAGUCCAGCAUGUGGCUUAUUUCUAAUCUACCUCCUCUUUCCACUGAAAGGGUUGAAAUGGAUGAAAAGAUACCAUAACUUACAGUUUGUUGAUGAUAAUAUUGUGGGGUUUUUUGCAUAGUACAAAGAGUGAAAACAUUGCAUCAUGGAUAUUUCCAUGUCAGGUCACAUGUGGAAACUGGCCUUUUGUUCCUAGAAACUUGGGCAAACAUCUCUCUCUUUUGAUGGAUUUAGAGCUUUGAAUAGGAAAUAAUUGAAGCCUAACAAUGAUAUUUAGUUUAUUAUAUUACUGUGGCAUAGAGGAGAUAUGAAUACUAUCACUUCCUGGUAUAAAAGAAGUUAAAAAAAAAGCAGUCUUUGUCUUUAAGGGUUUGCAAUGUCAUUACAAGGUAAGUAACAGUUGGUCGACACAGAGGGAAUUAUUUAGUGUGCCAAGCAGUGGUAAUGACACAAAAGUAUCUGUUUUUAAACUUUUCCUAGGUAUCAUGGGAUGAAGUUCAGAGGAUAAUUCAGAUCUUUGGGAAUGGAGGGAUUCUCUUUAGCUGUUGCUUCAUUUUAUUUUUUCCCCAAGCUUCUGUGUUAUUAAAGAAGCAAUUAAUUGAGGACAUGAGGUACUGAAUGGGUUUUUCCUCACAAGCAUUUGCAGUUCAAUUUGCUCCAGAAUUUUUCUUGUUGUUGGUCAGUUGAAGGAAGAUGAUGUCCAUUCCCUUAAUGAAAUGUGCUUCCUGUGUCCAUUUACUUUUCACAUUCACAUCCUGUUUAAUUGACAAGCAAGUUGUUCCACAUACUUGACAGAGCUCUAAUAGCUGUAUGAGGCCAUUUGUAGCAGGCAACAUCUGGAGAAUAGGAGUGCAGUGUACUUUGAUUUAUAGAGAUUAUUCUUCUGAUCCCCUUUGUUUUGAAGGCUGAUUCCAAUAAUUGUUAACUUGAGUCUUUGAAGCUGUCAUCUAAUAUAAAGUUAAUGUUAUACAGAUCAUUCCUGGAAAAUUUUUACAAUGUUGAUCUUCCAUUUUCAUUUUUGGAGAAGAGUUCUUAAAAUUCCAUCUCUACUAAGUAAAAAUGUUAUGUCUUUUAGCUGUUAUAUUGAUACUACUUAUUCAUACUUGGAAAUUUCAUACAUGCCAGUAAUGUUGAAAAAUUAUUUAAACCACUGAACUUUAAAACUCUUUAAAAAAGAGUUCUUUUUAAAAAAAGAGUUCUUUAAAAAAGACUUCCAAAUGUUAAGUAACUGUUUACAUAAGUGGGUGAAAAAUGAAAGGCAAUUUUCCAUGUAAUUUUCAAGUAUGGAUGCAGAUCUGUUCAUUACUUGCUUGAUUUCCUAAGGAAUGCCACUGGUCACUCCACAUGUGAAAGAAUCUAAUUUUAGGUUCUCAUAUUGAAGUAAUAUGAGUAUAAUAAUCUCAGAAUAAAUUUAUUUUAGCUGUGAUGGAUUUCUGUAUUUGGAUGCUUCUUGGAGACUUCCUCGUAGCUUCUGUGGCUACAAGCAGAGAGAUCAGCAAUGAUGCAGUUAUUCCAAAGGAGCUGUCCAUUUUUUUAACUUUCUAUUGCACUAGUGUAAUAAACUGUACUGUUAUAUUGUGUACUGAACACUACGUAUUUUAUCACUGGAAAUGUUGAUUUUUUUUCCCCCCUAAUCUUAAUUUACAAUGUUGGAGGAUUAAAGUGUUAUGAACAGAGUAAGUGAUUUAAUGGUGACAUAAUGUUAUUCAUCUUUAUAUGUCUGUAAUUCUUCACCCUUCAGUAGACUGUAAUAUGUUUGGCAAUAACAAGCUGUCGGGUUUUUCACUGAGGGGUGGAUUUAUGUUGUUGAUUAUAAAUGCUAAUCAUUCCAAAUGGACAAAUAAAAUGCUUAAAAAUGCU